AUGGGGAGAAGUCGGGUUAUUUUCGGAGGCGGUUUGUCUCCAAUGGGCGUUACGAACUACACUGGUCCUGACGAAGAGGUUUGCAAACGCACCGACGGCCGAAACUUGGCCGACGAGUGGGUGCGCGACAAAGAGAGCGCCGGUGUCCGCGCUACGUUCGUUCGCAACAACGGAGAGCUGGCGAGGGUCACGCCCGGCGAGCACGACGCUGUCAUGGGUUUAUUUGCGACGAACCACAUGGAAUAUGACGCAGCGAGAGACCAAGGGCCGGAAGGCAGUCCAUCUUUGCUCAAUAUGACCACCACGGCGAUGCGACUGCUCCAGAAAGGCCCCAAUGGAUUUUUGCUAAUGGUCGAGGGUGGUCUAAUCGACCAAGCGCAUCACCAAAACUACGCCCAGUCAACGAAUAAAAUGGACAGAGCUGACACGUAA